GGACAACGUCAGUAGCACAGAUGUGAGCGGGCAGGAUGAAGAUGUGCUGGUGACUCGACGCUUUGCCCGUUUCUUGGCUUCGACAUGCGUGAAUAAUUCUGGUUGCCAACAAUGAAGACUGCAUCACAUUGUCGGUUCACACCUCUGCUGCUCCUCCACUGGCAGGGGACAAAGACAUCGAGCUCGGCUGCCUUAUUAUGGGCCACCUGAAACUUUCCACCAGGCUGAGAGACGACAUGGCUAACAAUUCAUUUAGUUCCCAGGUGCCUCCAAAUCCUAAACCAACAGCCAUGUCCCCGGAGAGCCUUAACUACAUUAGUCUAUCUCUGCGGGUGUUCUUUUGCUUGUUUAUGGUUGGCAUUUUGCUGUUUGCCCUGUUAGGGAACAUGGUGGUGUGCCUGAUGGUCUACCAGAGAUCAGCUAUGCGCUCGGCUAUUAACCUACUUUUAGCAAGUCUUGCGUUUGCUGAUAUGAUGCUCGCCAUUGUCAACAUGCCAUUUACGUUAGUUACUGUCAUGACCACUGACUGGAUUUUUGGAGAGGUAUUCUGUCGGGUAUCGGCUAUGCUGUUUUGGUUCUUUGUGAUUGAGGGAGUGGCUGUUCUGCUUAUAAUAAGCAUUGAUCGCUUUCUUAUUAUUGUGCAGAAGCAAGAUAAGCUAAGUCCACAGAGGGCAAAAGUGCUCAUACUGGUCACAUGGGGACUUGCUUUUUUUUUCUCCUUUCCAUUAGCUGUUGGUUCCCCUCGUUUACAGAUCCCCCCGAGGGCCCCUCAAUGUGUUUUUGGCUAUAGCUCUGAACCUGAUUACCACGCUUAUGUAUUGAUAUUAAUGUUGGUCUAUUUCGUUAUACCCUUCAUGGUCAUGUUGUACAUAUUCAUGGGAAUUCUCAACACCAUCCGCCACAACACAGUCCGCAUCCAGAGCCACCCAGAUGGCCUGAGCCAAGCUAGCAAAAUAGGCUUUUUAAGCAUCCAGCAGCCCUUCCAGAUGAACAUCGACGUGAGUUUUAAAACACGUGCCUUUGCCACCAUCCUCAUCCUCUUCUCUGUGUUUACAGUGUGCUGGGCACCCUUCACUGUCUACAGUCUCGUAACAGCUUUCAAUGCUGAAUUCUACUGCAAAGACAGUUUUUUUCAAGUCAGCACAUGGGUGUUGUGGUUAUGCUACCUAAAGUCAGCCCUCAACCCUAUUAUUUACUACUGGCGGAUCAAAAAAUUCCGUGAUGCUUGUAUUGAUCUGAAACCAAAGUACUUUAAGUUUCUUCCUCAGCUGCCAAACAACACAAAAAGACGUAUACAACCAAGCGCUGUCUAUAUUUGCGAUGGGCAUCGGUCUGUGGUUUAAGGAUGAAGAAUUCCACUGCACUUCACAAAAUUUGAAUGAUCCUAUUUGAGCCACACGGGACUCUUGAGUCCAGCUCACCACUUUCUCAUCUAGAUUAUGGAACAUAGAUGGCGGUACCUGACUCCUGUAAAUAGUGUGCAUUGUGUCAUUCCAACAUAGGGUAACCCAUGAAUUAAUUUAACACAAGAAGAAAAAUAAAAUAGUGAAAACGAUCAAAGUGGAUACUAUACCAACAGAAACUGUAUCAAACUGUACAAACUACAUACAAUAGAAUGCAGUGGUACUCUUACAAUAGCUAUGCAUCUUUCAUUGUAAGUAAAAGUUAUGGCAUUUAUUUGUUUGCUAUUUGAGGACAGAUGAGACUUCACAGGUACUGUAUUGCCUGUUGUCCAUACUUAAACUAAAGAUCUUUCCUAUACAACUGUUCACUGUUAUUUAAGUAUGCUGUCACACAAUUUGUUAUUUGAUUAAAACAAAACAUGACAGGUUUUGGAAACAGUUUGCAUCAAAUGUUAGUACAGUAUCCCCUCAUUAUAUUGCGGUUCAUUUAUUGCUGAUUCAGUACGGUGUAGAAUAUUUUUUGUAGGACAAUGUAGUGCAGUUGUUCACCUGCACCCAUAUCUGAUUCAGUAGCUUUAUAGGGUAUAUGGUUUUAAUGUUGCAGCAAUGACACAUAAGGUUGUAUCGGGCCUUAUUCUCAUCAGAAAAAGAAACCUUACUGAGUAAUCUGAACUCACAGCUUUAAUAAAUCACCAAAUUGCUUGAGGAUACAAACAGCAUGACUGAAAAUCCACUGGGUAAUACACACGCCACAAUAAUUCUACAAAUACCAACCUUAGUUUGACACAUUGCUAACACGUACAACAAUGACAGGAAAAAAUGCAAGUAUAGAGCAUUGUUUAGCUUGAUUUUACACAAGUACAAUACUGCCGUUAAAAGCAUCACACAAUGAAUCCUAGGUUCCCAUAUUGUUAUAUGCUGACUACAUUUCCAGGACCAUCAGUGUGAGGAGCACUACCAUUGCCUAAGGCAGUAAAUCAGUUGUUCAAACAAUGUCCACAUAUGCCGUUGUUCACUUUGCUCAAGCUGUGCACUACUUGUAUAUUGUCAAGUAGAGAAAUAAAAUACCUGCACCUCUUUAAGUAUCACAUAUUGGCAUUAAAUGGCAUUCAUGAAAUUUAUGUGACAAUGUUCUCCCAUUAUCAUAUGAAUUUGAAGCUUGGAAAUCCACAAAGUAUGACCAAUUAGUAUACUAUUUUCAUUUAUUUUGUGGGUUACAUUGUAUCAAUUUAUCAUUUUGAGACAGUUUACCAUUCUAUCAGUUGGCAUGUUUUUUCAUUUUUUUUUGACUGAUAGGAUGAAGUCUUUUCAAACUGAAAUAGAAUUUAAUCUCAUGUAAAGAUGUCCUCAGUAUGGGUGAGGUCCUUGUGUCUCUUUAUCUGGAAAUCACGUUUCCACAUGUGAUCCAAGCCAUCGGUGUAUUUUAUUUUCUCUAAUGCUGUAGUAGAUAUAGAAUAAUUCACCAUUUUCCUCACUAAAUAGACUUCUGAAGGUGCUAUAGACCUAAAGAUUUCACCAGAUGUUGGGAUUGAAGAAUGCCACAAAACCUUCAAGAUUUGGAGGCUCCCCUUGUGGAGGAAUGGGCCAAACUCACACUAGACCUAUGCAUGCCAUUUGUUUCUCCAUACAGGAGGCAUCUUGAACACAUCAUUCCAAACAGAGGCUUUUGUACGAAAUAUUAAAUACCAGUUGGUGUGUUCAAUAGUUUUCCCCUGUGUCAUUUCACGUAAUUACACACAACUUAAUUUCUGAUCUGAAUUCUUCUACUUUUUUGUAUGUAUAGAUUACUUGGGUUGUUCCCAACAGCUGGUGAAAUUUUCAUGCCAAUAUCACCUUUGAAAAUAUAUUUGAGAAAAAUGAUUUCAGCCAGUUUUUUUUUUUUUUUUGGGGGGGGAGAUUGCUAUGGAGUUUAUAUAUGCAUCAUCAAUUCAACAUUGCUUUUAAUACUCAUCUUACCUUAAACAGCUAACACUGUCGUGAUUAUGGAGGAUUCACCCACCCUUCAAUUGUAGAAGGAUGGGUGUGCGGUAUCUCUUAAGUCCUGAGUAGUUGUUGUACAAAAUCAGAAGUAAAAUGAGUAGAUAUUAAAGUCGAAUAACUACAGUACUUUACAUGUAUAAUAAAGUUUCUAGCUGAUGAGAACUUUUAGUGCUACUUUAAAUGGAAGACUAAAUGCAGUGUGAGGUUAUUAAAGUAGAGAAAUCAUUCUACUGCAGUGCCAAAACAAUGAGACUGUCUUGAAAUUAGAUUAGGAUUACUAAUUAUUCUUUGUAAAUUGCACACAAGUGAUGCCUUCACAAAAUUAUAGUGAAAUCCAGAUUGAUCGUUUUUAUGACUGUUCCAUCAGCCCUUGAACAAUUAAAUUUUGGCUAGUUUCUGAAUGACCACUAAACGAAAGGAGCUAAGUUUUUAUCAUCAUUAAGGUUGUCUAAUAACCCGUCAGAAGGUUGUAAAUAACCCAGUAAUCAUCUUUUGCAUUUUUAAAAUAUAUAAGAUGAACAGGUUUAUUACCAAUGCAAUAAGUUCAACUUUUUUUCUUAUAUUAACAUAAAAUAGACCAAUUCUGGGACGCACUGAAUGAGUAUUGUGUUUUGUAUUAUGAAGCCAGGUAUUGGAUUUAAACUGAACUUAUUAAUUAGGUGUCACAAAAAAUGGAAAUAUAUUGAACUAUUGAAACAUAACUGUAUAUUUUAAUUGAAUAUUGUCUUUUUUAAUGUGACCAGAACACUUUUGUUUUUGUUUUUUAACUGUCUUAGGAUGUCCCUGGUUAAUCAGAAUGCUGCUAUACAGCAGCUGAAACAAGUACUGUAUUUAACAUGUCACCAUUUUUCCUCUCUAAAUAUACUUCUAAAGGUGCUUUUAGGCCAGAAAUUUUGUCAGAUGUUGGAAACAACCCGACUAAUGUAAAAAUACAAAGAAAGAAGAACAAAUAAAGUCAGAAAUUAAGUUGUGUGCAUUCAUCCAUCUUCUACCACUUUUCCGGGUCGGGUCACAGGGGCAGUAGCUUUAGCAGGGAUACCCAGACUUCCCUUGCCCCAGCCAUGUGUAAAAGGUGAAAUCACACAGGAAAAAAAAAUAUUGAACACAUGAAGAAAGAUAGGUGCAAAUAAGCAUGUAUGGAAUACCAAGACAAGACCUAAAAUCAAUAACCCAACACCAAUCCAGCCCCUUGUCAUUGCAAAUGAAUGUCAGCUGGGUCAGUCCUAAUUGAUAGCCUACAAGAAGGUCUAGUUGCCAAGGUGUCACUCAAGACACAUCUCAUCAUGGGUAAGACUAGAGAUCUGUCUGAAGACCAUCUCAAAGUAAUUCUUGCAUAACAUAGCAAUGGCAUCGGUUACAAGCAUACAUCUAAGCUUCUGAAAGUUCCAAUAAGCAUGGUAGCGAGUAUACGACCAUAAAUUUGCAUCAUCAGGUGCUCUUUAUAGGAUUGGUGACAGAGGAGUGCAAAGAAUAAUCAGAAGAAUUGUCAAAUAGCCAAGGAGCAACUGUCGAGAACGUCAAAAAGACCUGGAAUUAGCAGGUACUGUUGUCACAAGGAGUGAGAAAUGCUCUUUGCUGCCAUGUCCUGUAUGCACGCUCACCACAAAAAAUGCAUGUGAACGUUUGUUCAAGGCUUUCUGAACAAUAUUUGGACAAGCCAGUUAAAUACUGGCUAAAUAAAAUAAAAAAAAAAAAAAAACAUGCAUUAAUUGGACACUAAAUUGCCCCUAAGUGUGAUUGUGAGUGUGACUGUGGAAUGGAUGGAUGGAUGUAGUCUGGUCAGAUAAGAGCAAAUUAAACUCUUGGACGGCAAAAUACACACUAUGUUUGGUAGGAGCAAUGCACUGUACGACCCCCUAAAAACGCCAUACCAACAGUGAAUUUUGGAAGUGAUAACAUGAUGGUGAGGGGCUGCUAUUCAGGAAAUUUUACUAGUAAACGUAACAUUAUUGAUGGAAGGAUAACUGGUUAAUGUAUCAAGACAUUAUUGACAAAGAUCUACAGCCAUCUAUAAGGAUUAUGAAAAGGAAACAAGGGAGGAUAUUCCGGCAGGAUAAUGAAACAAAAUAUCUUGCCAAGGAAACUCAAUUGGGUUAAAAAAAAAAAAAUAACGCUGUUAAAAUGUUGAAACCCAGUUACCUGACUUGAGAUCAACAGAAAUGUAUAGGAAGAGCUGAAACUCAAGGUUUAUAGAAGAAGCCCAUGGAACCUUUAAUAUUUGAAGACUGCUUGUGAAGGAAUGGGCCAAAAUUACCACCACAGCAAUGCAUGACUACUUUCUUCAUACAGGAGAUGUUGAGGCUGUCAUUGCAAACAAAUGCUUUGGUACAAUAUAUGAAAUAAAUACAAGUUUGCAUGUUCAAUACUUUUUCCCAGUGUCAUUUCAUAUUAUUACACAACACUUAAUUUCUGAUUUUAUAUGUUCUGCUGGUGAAAUUCUCAGGUCAAUAGUUCCUUUGGAAAUAUUUUUAAUGAGAAAAAUUGAGAAAUGUUAAAGGGGAAAUCCACUAGUUUCCAUUAACAAUGUAUCCAAUAGGUCGUGUAAUAUGUACUCUAUUUUGACAAUGUGAUGUUAAAUCCUCUCUCAUUUAAUAAUGUUUUGAGAAGAUUUUUAUCGUCAAUUACGAAUUUUCAGGGGCGCUGCCAUUUUUGCGAGUCACAUGACUUACGUGCGCGGAUUUGACAUGUUACGUGCCGCAACUAAGGCUCGAUUACAUGGGAUACAAUUUAUGCCCAUCGCCGAUUUUUCGGACUUAUCUUCAUCUGAUGAAGAAAUAACAGCAUCAGUUGAUUGGGAAGACGGAGGAAUACUUCCAUUCACAGACAUGAGCGACCGCUGUGUAUGGAAGUGUUCGUCCGUCUUCCCGAGUGGCCGAGCCGCUCACUUCUGUGUAUGGAAGUAUUCCUCCAUCUUCCAGAUCAACCUAGCAGCUAUGCUGCUCAUGGCUAUGUAUGGAAGUAUUCCUCCGUCUUCCCAAUCAAUCGAUACUGCCCUUUCUUCAUCAGAUGAGAAUAAAUCAGAGAAAUCAGCGCUCCGCAUAAAUGGUUUCCCAUGUAAUCGAGCCUUUGUUGCGGCACGUUAACACGGCAGAUCCGCGGACAUAGGUCAUGUGACUCAUGACCUAUUGGAUACAUUGUUAAUGCAAACCAAUGGAUUUCUCUUUUAAAUAUGAAUGCUUCAGUCCCUGUAUCUCAUUGCAUAUCUGUGCAAUUAUCCUGUACUGUACAUUACCGUUGAAUGUAAUAAAGAAAUUGACAUUU